AUGGAAUUCAAUCUUAUGUUUGUGAUGGGACUUCAAAAAGAGUGGAGAAGCGUAAGUAUGAUGGUUAAAAAUCAGCAAAGUUUCGAUACAUCUUCAUUGAAUGAUUUGUAUAAUCAACUUAAAACUCACGAAACUGAGGUCAAUGAGAUGGUUGAGGAGUCGAAACUUAAUCCAGGUGGUCCUUUGGCACUUCUCUCGAAAGUUACUGAAAAAGAAAAUGUUAAAAGUGGUGAAUCGGAUGCUGAAGAAGGACUUUUAAUGAAUUCGGAUGAUGAAGCAAAUGCUUUCUACUCAAACAAUAAAUUCAAAAAGAAGAGGAAAUUUUCUAAACAAGGCUGUGGAGAAGAGAAGAAGAAUCUAGAAAAGAAAGAAGUGAAAGUUGUUGAGGAGCAGAGAGAGAUGAAAUUAAAAGGAGAUUCAGGAAUAGAUAUUCACUGUUGCAACGAGGCCAAUGAUCUUGCGAAUGAUUGUAUGCUUCGUAAGAAAAAGGAGAAGAAGAAUAAGGUGAAGGAUGAGGCAUACAACAUGGAGAGACUGGAAGAAGUAAGAGUGAAGUCGAAAGGUAUCUCUUUCGUGUCAAAAGGUGAACACGAAGAAGAUGGUACCUAUCAAAUCUGGUCUUUUGGAUCAUAUGAUGAUGAAAUACGUAAUCCAAUGCAUGAUGCUCUGUACGUGAAGUUCGAAGAUGAUUCUGAGGAAGAGGUCAUAGGAAGAUGCUUCGUAUCCAAAUCAGCUGACAAGUCUCCGAUGACUACGAAGACUGAGAAUUUGACAUCUGACUUACAAACUAAUUUUGCUGAUAUUGAAGAUAAUUCUGAUAAUAUCAGUGAAAUCAGUGAGUUUGAGGAUGUUGAUUGUUCACAGUUAUCUGUCAUUAAUGUCACAUCAAAAUAUAAAGGAAAAGAAAUUGUUAAGGAUUCGAAAGUUGAGAUUGACACUGACAAACCUUCAACUUCGAAAGUUUGUGAUCCUGAUUUGGUUGAUGUACGAGAUAGUCAAACACAUGACAGUGAUGAUGAAAAUGAUGAAGAAAAUGAAAUUUCACAAAAAAUGUUUGUUACUACUGGAAACGUUGAGAAUGUCAAACCUGAGAUCAAGAAAUUAAGUAAAGAAGAUAAUAAGAAAACGACUGAUGAAGGAUUCUUUUCCAAUCACAGCAUUGUCGAAAAUAAUCUAACAAAGAACUCAUAUGUUUUUCAAAGACAAAAAACUCAACGAAAAUGGGUUGAGAAAUCUAAAGUUGUGAACGAGGUUUUAAAACAAAAGGUUGAGGAAAGAAAAGAUCGCAUGUAUCAGUCCAGGAAUUAUUCUCAACAACAAAUCAAAGAUGCUUAUGAAAAGUAUGUGAAUACUUCUUCAACUGGAAGCUCAUCGUCCAAUGAUUCAAAUGUCUCAAUAAAGAAAUGGAGAGUAGUUGUGAAAGCAACGAAUGCCGAAUCGCAAUCUAAAAGGACAAAGGUUGAUGACUCUUGCGAACAAGGGAAACAACAUCGAGAAGGACACCCAGUUGUGAUAGAUUCGAAAAUCGUGGAACCUUUGGAACUUCUUCAUAUUGAACUUUGUGGACCAUCAACUGUUGAAACACUCAAUAAGAAAUGGUUAAAAUCUGAUCUCGCUCAGACGAUGAUCGAAUUUAUUAAGCAAAUUGAGAAAAGUCUAAAAAAGAGUGUUCGAAUGAUCAAGAGAGAUAAUGGGGAAAUGGAUGCUGAAGUUCGUGCAAAUGAUAAUAAUCAAUCAGACUCUUCGAAGAACAUUGAAGGUUCAGAUCUUACUCAAAUUCCUGAUGACACUUAUUCAACAUCGAAUUCUCUAAGAAUUGGCAAAAGUAUGCUAAAUAAUCCAGUGGAGGGGGAGCACUUGGAAACGAAUACUCAAAUUGAGGGGGAGAAUUCUUUCGAGGGGGAUAAUGGAAGAAUGAAUGAUGAUGUUGAGGGGGAGCAUCUAGUUGAGGGGGAGCAACAGAAUCUAAAUAACAGUGAUAUAAUAAGUCUUGAUCUAAAUGAAUUUCAUGAAAUUAAUGACAAUCUUUCUGUUACAGGAUCAGAAAAUGAAGAUUUAUACGAAGAUGCACAUAUGGAUUUUGAUCCAGCUUAUCCACCACUCGAAAAAUGGACAAAAGAUUAUCCAAAAGAACAUAUAAUUGGGAAUCCACAAGAUGUAGUUUUAACGAGAGCGCAACUUCGUGCAAAUAAUGAGGAUUUAUUCGGUACAUCAAUGGCGUCUUUCAAUCUGAAUUCCAUGACUUCAUUUUCUCAUCUUCUAGGAUCAUCCACCAAAAUUCUUAUGCUCAUCCCUGAGUAUUACGAUCAGUGGGCUGAUCGUAUGCAGGAUUAUCUCAACGGAUUGGAUGAAGAACUGUGGAAUUGCAUCACUGGCAAUCUGAAUCCACCGUCGAAUGUUCAACCAAUUGGUUCUUCCUCUGGUAAUUCUGAAGUUGAAAAUCAAUCUGAUCGACUGAAAAAGCUAGAGAACAGGUGUGUAAGAGAGCUAAGAGGAGCUUUGCCUCCCGUUGUUUACAACUACGUGAGGAGUUGUACAACUGCAAAGGAAAUCUGGAACAAUCUAAAGGAAAAUUUUCAGGGAAGUGAGAAGACGAAAGUUAAUUCUGUGAAGCAAUGCUUAGUGGAGCUGAAGGACUUCAGACAGAAAGAUGGUGAAACAAUUGAAGUGUAUUAUGAUCGUCUUAAUGAAUUGAUCUAUCGAUGCAAUCGAUAUGGUAUCACCAGAUCAGCCAUGGAAUUCAAUCUGAUAUUUGUUAUGGGACUUCGAAAGGAAUGGCAUAGUGUGAGCAUGAUGGUAAAGAAUCAACAGAGCUUUGAUACGUCAACAUUGAAUGACUUGUACAACCAACUUAAGACUCAUGAAAGCGAGGUGAACGAAAUAGCUGAAGAAUCGAAGGCUAUGUUGGGAGGUCCACUAGCUUUGGUUUCAAAGAUCUCUGAGAAAGAUGCUGAGAAAGACGCUUCGGAUGAAGAUGAAGGGUUCAUCAUGAACUCAGAUGAUGAGGCAAUUGCUUUUUAUUCAAAAAACCGAGUGAAAAAGUUCUUCAAAAAGCCUUUCAAUCCGAAGGCAAAGUUGUCUGAGACAAAAGGAAACUUUCUAAGUAAAAGUGUCGGGGAAGAGAAAAAGAAGGAAGAGAUGAAAGAUACGAAGCCUGUUGAGGGAAAGACUGAGAAGAAGCUAAAGGGAGAUGUUGGGAUUGAUUGUCAUUAUUUCAAUGGUGACAAUCACCUUGCGAAUGACUACAUGCUUCGAAAGAAGGAUGAAAGAAAGAAUAAGGUUAAGGAUGAGGCGUACUAUGCUGAUAAGUUGGAGGUGGUUCACGCGAAAGCCAAAAAUUUGUCUCUGGUUGCUAAGGGUGCAAAUGAUGAUGAAGAUGGUACUUAUCAAAUCUGGUCAUCUGGAUCAGAUGAUGAGGAAAUGCGAAAUCCAACUCAUGGAGCAAUGUUUGCAAAAAUGGAGGAAGAAUCAGAGGAGGAGACAUACAAAGUGCGUGGAAGAUGCUUCGUAUCAAAAGUUGCUGACAAAUCACCAAUGACUACAAAGGUACGAAACAUUCUUGAAUCUUUUAAUAUUCUAGUACAUGCUUAUAAUUUUGAAUUAGUAUCUUUUGAUGAAACUGUUACUUAUUUUGAUUCGAUUGUGGUAUCUGCUAGCAAUGAAGCUAAGAAGCUGUCAAUGCAAUUACUAGAGACACAGAAGAAAUUAGAUUCGAAAAUCACUAGGAUAGAUUGUUUAGAACUACAAAUAACUAAUAUCAUGGUUGAUAGGGACAAUUUAUCUAGUGAUAAUAAACUGUUGUUAGCACAAAGAAAUAUUUACUAUAAUGCUACUAAAAGAUUGUAUGGGAAAAUAACUAAACUUCAUCAUUCGUGCGAAAUCAGUAAAGAACAACAUAGAAAAUUGUUGCCAUUUUUAGCUUAUGAAAGGGCUAAGGUAGACAACAUUUUGUAUGAUUGUGAAAAAGAAAUAGCUGAUUUUGACAAAGUUCCGAAUGACAAGUAUAGAUAUGGAAUUGUCAAAGUUGAUGAAUUUCUUGAUUCGAAUGAUUUAGUUAACAUUAUAACUCUGACAAUAUUAGUGAAAUGA